AUGAAAGCAGGAAACCGAACAAGAGUCUUGGAGUUCAUCCUCCAUGGACUUUCAGAGGAUCCAGAGCUGCAGCUCAUCCUCUUUGGGCUGUUCCUGGCCAUGUACAUAGUCACAGUGCUCGGGAACUUGGUCAUCAUCCUGGCUGUCAGCUCUGACUCCCACCUCCAAACCCCCAUGUACUUCUUCCUCUCCAACCUGUCCUUUGUUGACAUCUGUCUCAGCUCCACCAUAGUCCCACAGAUGCUGGUGAACAUCUACACAGGGAACAAAGCCAUCUCCUACUCGGACUGCCUCAAGCAGGUAUAUUUUUCCAUGAUUUUCCCUAUCCUGGAAACUCUGCUCCUCACUGUGAUGGCCUAUGACCGCUUUGUGGCUAUAUGUCACCCACUGCACUACAUGGUCCUCAUGAAUCCCCGCCUAUGUGCCCUGCUGGUUAUCAUUACCUGGUUCAUCAGCAUCAUGAUAUCUCUCCUCCAUAUUUCUCUGAUGAUGCAUCUAACUUUCUGUAAAGAUCUUGGAAUUCCACAUUUCUUCUGUGAGCUGACCCAUGUUCUCAAGUUGGCCUGCUCUGACACUUUCCUGAAUAGCACACUAAUCUACAUUAUGACUGGUGUGCUGGGUGUUUUCCCCCUCAUUGGGAUCCUUUUCUCCUACUCACAAAUUGUCUCAGCCUUAAGGAAGAUGUCUUCCUCUAGGGGAAAGCAAAAGGCAUUUUCCACCUGUGGGUCUCACCUGUCAGUUGUAUCUUUAUUUUAUGGUACUGGUGUUGGGGUCAACUUCACUUCUACAGUCACCCAGUCCUCCCAGCCAGUCUCAGUGGCCUCUGUGAUGUACAGCGUGGUGACCCCCAUGCUGAACCCCUUCAUUUACAGCCUGAGGAAUAAAGAUGUGAAGGGAGCCCUGGGCAGACUCCUCAGCAGAGCAGCCUCUUGUCUGUGA